AUGGGUUUUCUGGUAACUACGCUGAUUUUUGUAGUGGUGGGUAUAAUCGCAUCGCUGUGCACCAGAAUCUGCUGUAACAGAGGCCCCUCCACCAAUUUGUAUGCUUCCUCCCUUGGCUCCACUUCUCAUCUCCCAGUAUUUGCUGCAUUACUUUCUCUCUUCCUGAGAAAUUGUGUGCCUGACUGGGGAAACGUGAUUUUGUCCUAUUUUGUUCGAUAG